CAACAGUGUUUUCGAUUGUGGUUUGAAGUUAUCUGCUCGAAAACCCUAUACAUUGUCCGCAAUUAUUUCCAAAAUGUCUUUUGACCUGUUUCUCGGCCAAUAUUCCCCCUCUUUUGUUCGCUAACUAUCUCCAAGCUAUCUGAAAAUAAUAAAGUUUCAGUUGGUUCACUUAUAAUAUGGCUCAAAGCCAAAUUGGAUCGAUAAUAGAUGUAGCAAAAACAAAUUAUCCGUCAACCCUAAGGUUUUGCAUGUGCUGCUCCGCUGCGUUUGUUUCUGAAACGAUCACCUACCCACUCGACAUAUUGAAGACUCGAAUUCAGGUUUACGGAGAAUUGCAGUCCUCAUCAUAUCCUGGAGUUUAUAAAAUUUGUGCAUCAGUUAUCAAGAAUGAAGGACUGUUUCAGCUGUGGCAGGGUUUGUCACCUGCUCUCUUUAGACAUAUUA